UCCAACGGUCAAAUAUUUCAAAAUUUGUUUUAUGUACGGGUUGUGAUGCUGUCGCCGACCACCCCAUUUGCUGCCAUUCGCGUGCAUGCGUGAGGGUUGUCCGUUCGGGUGGUCAUCUACACGUGGUGCUUUUCAUGGCAGACAUCUACCAGCAGCUACCGCUCCUGUUACUAACAUCUCUUCUGCUACUUCUUCUCGUCUUUUUGCGCGCCUUCGUCGUGACGUGGCCUCCUCGGCGUAGACAGAGACGACAAGUGGAUAGGAAGAUGACAAUGGACAGGCGGGACAACUCCGUCGGACAGCAGAGACGUGUGAUGGAUUUCUCCAUUCCUGAUCGGCCCCGGUCCGGCCAUCGACCCGCCACAUAUGACCCGUCCUUGUACAGUCACCUUCCACCGCACGAAGAGCCGCUACCGCCGGAUCCGGAGGACGCCUGGGUUGAGGAUCUGUCGCACACACUUCCUCUGGGCAGUGGAUCUACGCAUGAGUGGACGAGCAGGAAGUGCCGGCAGAGGGAAGCAGGGACCACGCGCGAGUCGUUCACCGCAUUGCUGGAGGAGGGUGUCGACAACGCCGCCACGAAGCGUGUGGACUUGGAUUUCAGAUUGUGCAGCGGGAGUGGUGCAAGUGGUCCGAUCCACGGCGGGCGGGUGGUGGGAUCGCCAACGUUGGGAGGAGGAUCGUCCCAUGUCGGUGGGCCGACGAAUGGGUGUCGUCCACCGGUCCCGAGUUCCAUGGGCGCCGGGCCAUUUGGCGAGUCGUCGAGGUCAGUGACACCCAUCCGCCCCUCGGUGUCUUCGCCUGCAAUGCGGCAGAGGGCGACCGCAAGUGCUGCAAUCAAUGAUGGGACUCCACCGGAAGACAUCGGGAGGCACGCGUGGGAGAACUGCCGCCUACAGAUGCGGCGUGCUGGCACGGAGAACAUAACCACCGGUGUGUCCAGGAUUCGUGUGGGGAGCGACGUGGAUGCGGACGAUAGCCGUCGGGCGAGUGGGGACGAGUCUUCGGAUUCUCGUUGCGAAGACGACGCGGAAGACGGUGAGGUGCUGGAGAUCCGACCCAUGGCUGCGCGUGGUGGGCGGAGGGGAGGACGCAGACGUCAGCAGAGGGGCGAGUCGCGUGGUGGCCGAGGAUCGAAGGCUCUUGUGGGCGACAAGGGUGGCAAGCACCCAGCUUGGAGUGUGGAGGAGAUGCAGAAGCUCGCUCGAGCGAAGCGGGAUCAGCAAGCUCAUUUCGAGGGAAUGCCACACAACUACGGCCGCAUGCGCAACAGGGAGUGGAAGCUGCUGGACCUACAAAAGUGGUUGGCGGAGGUCGGAGUGAACAGGACAACGAACGACAUUGGGAAGAAGUUUGACAACGUCUUCCAGCAGUACAAGAAUUUGCAGCGUUACCAGAACAUGUCCGGUGGGAAUAACUUCUUCACAUUAACUCUUGCAACGAGAGCGGACGAGGGUUUCAACUUCCGAAUGGAUGAGCGAGUCUUCAAUGAGAUCGACAACAUGUCGAAAAAAAACAAGACCAUCUACCCGGACAACGUGGCAGACACGAGCGCCCGCGGAGGAGUGCCACCAACAAUGGAUGGUCACCGCCAGGCGGUCGUUGGUGGAGAGUCCUCUGCUGGUGGAGAGGGGGGUGAUGGCGUUGACGAAGAUGUGGGUUCAGCGCGGGAGACGGGGUUUAGUGCAGGGAGCACGGGCACUCCAGCGAAGAGGAAGAACAUGCGGCAGCAGACCUUCGACGCCAUCGCCGAAGUCAUGGACAAACACGGUGCAUUGAUGGCGGACAUGGUAGAGAGUGUGAGCAAACGGCAAUCGAAUGGCGCCUCGUUGCCAGCAGAAGGCGAAACGUCCACACGGUGGUUCCGGCAAAGCAGGUGCAGGGCAAACAGGAAGGGGCCACAUCCCAAAGUCGAAGAAGCUCCGCGCAGGAGACGGGUCGGAAGGAGAGAUGGGGGUGACGGGGGAGAGGAGGAGACGCCUAUGGACAUCACUUGUGCAGGGACGCCUGUGCUCGGGUUCGGGCGUGACGGUGUGAGCAGGCAGCGUAUGCUUGCGCUCACCAACCUUGGCGUCCUGACGUCCACGCGCGGCGGCAGUGGCGGGACGACUCGUGCGCAAGGAGUUUCGUCCGGUGACAUUCCGCCGCAGAGGGUCGUGGGUUCUGCAUAUACCAUUGCAUCCGUGUCCGAGCGUGGCGAAAAAGCUCCGGUAGGUGAGUCUCCAUCGCGCCACGUGGAGGCGUCGAACCCGACGAUCAUCGCCGCUUCACCGAGGGCUGUGCUUCAAUUCGCGCAAGCAGCGAGCGCCGCUAUCCAUGCCGCCGCCCUCGGUGUUGGAGAAAGGCGAGAAGAUCGGAGGGUGGAAGAGGCGAGGAGAAAACAUGAGAGGAGGGAGGAGACUCCGUGCGGGGAAGAAGAGGACGACCAGCCUCUGAGCGCGAGGAAGAAAAGGUCCCGCCAAGAGGAGGAGUUGGAGGCGAAAUCGAAGUUGUGGGUGGACGGCAAUGCAUUCUGGGCAACCGGCCCCGGACGGAUGAUCGUGGACAAGGUGCAUUCCUACGCGGACUACUUCUGCGCGAUCGUCAAUGGAAAUGCAGGCGCUUGCACUCCGAAAGGCCUCAUGAUGCCACCCCCCGAAGUCCCGCGCGAGCGGAUCGAAGAUGGCGCGCAACGAGAGCCAGCUCUCAGACGGGCGAGACGAACGGAGAACGUGGCAAUGCGCGUCAUCCACGGAUGGAUAUUCAGGUCGUCUUCAAGGUCCGAUGGGUUCGCCCGCGCGGAGUCCUACUGGUGGGAUGGCGGUAGAUUGUCACACCAGAGAGUGAGCAGAAUCGGGGAUGUUUUCCACCUGCUUCUCGCCGCAUGCAUGUGGAUCAUGCGCAUGGGAGGCGACGAUGCGCGCUCCUACGACGAGGCGUCAUACUACGCGCAGCUGGUGGCGAAGCCGACUCUCGUGGUGGCGUGUUCAUUGUCCUUCAACUGGCGCCGCCAUGUGAUGCACUCGACGAACGCGGUCUUGAGUCGCCUGCGGAAGCCACCGUUGACGCUGGGCGCUUUCCCUGACUACAUCCCGGAUUGGGCUUCGUGCGGAGUGCGGUACAACUGCAAUGCUGGUCUGGCGGACCCCUACGUCACGGCGAGAGUGGACUGGAUGGGGACGGGACCUUUUGAAGGCGAUCAGAAGGAGGACGGGACAAAUGACGAAACGGGAGCGUAAGUGUCCUCGAUAUGGCCGUCUUGCGUGACAAGGAAGAAGGAGGACGGGACAGAUGACGAAACGGGAGCGUAAGUGUCCUCG